AUGCUAAAUCAGAGCCUGGCUCUGAGGCUUUAUCAGAGUGAUCAGAGGCCUCAUGUUCAGGGAAACAGUUACGAUACAAAUAUACACAGAACCAAUGUAAAGGAAUUGAAUUUGACUUCAUCUUCAAAGUCAACGGUCAAACCCUUCAGUGUGUUUGAUGGGUGCGAGGAGAAUGUGUCAGGGAUCCUCUUUGACCUGUCUGUUCAGACCUUCAACGUGUUCCUGGGACUCCCCGCUAACAUCUUAGUCAUGGUGAUUCUGUUCCGUAACCGCAAGGAGCCGUCCUCCUCAGACAUCUUCCUGGGCUGUCUGGCCUUCAUGGACGCUUACUUUGGCAUCAUGGUCCCCUUCAGCUAUCUGAACAUCUACUACUGGAACAGCAAGGAUGUCUGGUUCGCUCUCAUGUUCUCCUUCGGCGUCAAGGACACCAGCGGUCCUCUGUUCCUGUCCUGUAUCUGUUUGGAUCGGUUCGUGGCGGUCCUUUUCCCUCUUUCCUACGGCCAGCUGAAGGACACCAAGUACAGGGUGUCUCUCUCGGCGGUGGUCCUGGGGCUCACCUUCACCUACGCCUCCGCCAAGACCAUCGGGGGCCUGCACAACUUCGAGAAGGUCUUCACAGGGACGAUCCUGGCAACGUUUGGCUGGAUGGUGUUGUGUAACGGGGCCAUCCUGGUGGCCCUGAAGAGGUCCAGCGGCUCCGGGAAGGACGACAUGCACCCCAUGAAGAAGAAAGCCUUCAAGAUGGUGAUGUCGGUCCUGUCCAUCAUCGUGUUCAACUACUUGCCGUCGGUGGCUCUGUUCCCUUUUCAGGACCACUACCCUCUGGAUACGUUCCGCUGCCUGGUGCAGCCGGUGGGGUACGCCUUCAUUAACAUCAGCAGUAGUAUCCAGCCCAUCAUCUACCUCUCUAGACUGGAGAAGAUCCCUUUCCUCCCUGAGGCCUGGAACAAGCGGGGCUCCUGCUCCAAGGUGAAGGACAAGGAGGUGAAGGUGGAGACCAUCUCGCCUGCCUAA